AUGCUGCUGCGGGACUGCAUGUGGAGCAGCGCCGCCUCCUCGGCCAGAGCCACGCCGGGGCGGCUGGCGCCCGCCGACAAGUCGGCGCCGCCGCCGCCCGCGGUCUCCCGCGCCGUGCCGAGCCCCGCGGCCGCCGCGGUGCCCGCCGAGAUGCUGCCCUUUGAGCCGGGAGGGCGGCACCUGCCGGCCGAGGGGCGGGAGGAUGGGGAGACUGUCGUGGGCGGGGCGAUGUCUCCCGGCAACGAGACGCGCAGUGAUUCGGACAAUGACGACGACGCGGAAGAUGGAGAGAUUGACGCGGUGACCGUGGAGAAGUGGAGCCACGCCACAGCGAGCGUGGCGUUACGCGCCGUGCACAACACAAACAUGGCCCCCCUGUACAACGACAACAACCGGCGGCAGCGGCGGCAGCAGCGGCGGCGACUCGCCCCGCCGGCGUCCACGCCGCCCGUGCACCAGGAGCAGCACAACUACGCCGCCCCCUCGCCGCCUGCGCGCGGGGCGAAGACGCCGCCCCCGCCGGCGCCGCGGGGCUCCGCGCGGAGCCGGGGCGCCACCGGCGGGGCCGGCUCGUCCCGCGCCGUCUCGACGGGGAGCGGCGGUGGCCCUCGGAGCUCCGGCGGCUCGGAGGGGCUUGGCGAGCGGCACAACGACCAGGAGCGUCGGCGGCGCGACUCCAUCAAGAAGGGUUUCCAGUGGCUGCGCGGCGGCAUACCGGAGCUGGCGCACGACGAGAAGGCGGCCAAGGCGCAGAUCCUGAAGCGCGCGAUAGAAUAUUCGCGCACCCUGAAGCGCGAGGAGGAGAGACUCAAGGCGGAGAAGCGGCGCGAGCAGAUUCGACGUCGGGAGCUGCUGGCGAGGCUGGAAACCCUGAAGAACUCGUUGGCCGAGCGGUCUCCAUUUGCAUCUCGUUUAAAGACUUUAAACCGAAAGUUACUUUUGUUUUGAUAUUGGACGAAAGCCUCUGGCGACCGGCACAGUUGAGCCUCUUUGCCAUUGAGUGGUUUUGUAUGCACCGUGACCUCGUUUGCAACGUAAUGCCUCUGAAUAUUUGACUGCCAAGGUUUGAGUUGAUGGGAAUGGUAAGUUGUACCUCAAUAGACAUUUCUGCACAAAUGAUGCUUCAAUGUG